ACAGACCAGAGGGGUCCUCGCUCGCUCGCCGGCGGCGCAGCUGCUGGAAAUGGAAACGGCCCUGCAACGGCUCCCACCGCCCGCCGGGACUCGCUCCCUCUGGCAGCGGGGAGGAGCCGCGGCUGCUGCCACUUGUGAGACUCAGGCCGCCGCCGCAGCCCCCCAACCGGGCGCGCAGUGAUGACAUCACGGAAGAGCAUCUCUAUUCCGCGCCGAAGCCAGAGACUCACCUGAUUUUCCUACACGCUGAGUUGCCCACAGUCAAGAUGAUUCAGGGGCAUGCCCAUAGCCAAGAUGGCGUCCGAACCAAUACCUCUCUACACGCGGUUACCAGCAGUCAAGAUGGCGACAAAAGCUGUGCGCUCUGUCGCCAUUUUGGUUAUGGGCAGUUGGCCAGAUAGUGAUUUACUCUAAUCCGUCAGGUUGUUGGUUUUAAGGCAUAGUCACAUUUUCUUUGCUAUUUUACCCCAAUUUCGUGCCUGGAAACGUUUGCUUUCGGGCACCUGCCCCUUUCGAUAACCGUAACUUAAUAGAGAAAAGUGGAUAUGUAACAAAUGGGUUUUAUUAUCGCGGGAUGCUCCUUGUAGUAACCCCCCGAGCUCCUCCAGGUUACAGCGACCCAGGUGAGGCGCUGUAUAGGUCAGGGCAGAAACAUGCAGGACGGUUUCCACAGGAACCUUCUUGCCCUUAUCAAAGAUGGCUGCUGCCGUCCCGCCUCCCUAGCCUGGGCUGGGAGGGCCUAGCCGCAGCAGCUGUAAGGGCAAGUCCUUUCUCUGGGCUGCCGAGCGCACGUCUCUUCCUCCCCACCUGCUCAGCCCCCCCUUUGUCCAUCCCUGGCUGCUGCUCCCCGGGCGGGGACGGGUCAGUGAGUGGCUCAGGGCUUGUUUCCCCUUGAGCCCCUGGGGGCUCCCUCAGCUCUCCCCUAGCCUGCUCCCAGCAGCCUCAGCAUGACUGAGGCUACAGCCUGGCCCGGGAGCAUCCCAGCUCCUGUUGCUAGGUGUGAGGCAGGAGGAGGAAAAGGAGAGGGAGACGCUGAGGAAGGUCCGAAAGGAAGGAGACAGGGAGCCGCUAGAGCCCGGUGGAAACUGCUCAGAGAGGUUCUGAAGAAAAAACACUUGGAGGAUGUGCAUCUUCGACAAGCAUCUAUAAGAAGGUUUGCAUCGUUCAAUCUCUUUUCAGCAGAAGCCUGCAAAAGGAUUACAGAAGAGGAAACUGGGACUUGGGUUCAAUACACAAGUGUCUUUUAUCCUGAGUAUAGUGUCUCUUUAAGAUGUAACAAUGGACUUUUAGAUAUCGAAGAUGUUCUUACAAGUUUUGACAACACAGGGAAUGUCUGUAUCUGGCCUUCUGAAGAGGUGCUAGCUUUCUACUGCCUCAAGCAAAAUCAAAUGUUCAGGGACCUUGCUGUGUGUGAGCUAGGGGGUGGCAUGACAUGCUUGGCUGGGCUCAUGGUUGCUAUUUCUGCAGAUGUCAAAGAAGUUCUGUUAACUGAUGGAAAUGAAAAGGCCAUCAAAAAUGUAAGUGACAUCAUCAUCAGAAAUCAAAAUGCAGGAAUAUUUAAGGCUCAGACUGUAUCAAGCCGUUUCAGAAUCUCUCCUGGGAACUCCUUCCUCCUGUGCUCUCUUCUCAUCCAAGAUGGCUACUUUGAAGAGGGUAGAGAGAGGACUAUGGCUGUCAGAUACUUGGAAGAACAGUACCGCAGAGGCGUUUUGCGAUGGGAUAAUGAGACAGAUGUCUCUCAACUGGAAGGACAUUUUGACAUUGUUAUGUGUGCUGACUGCCUGUUUCUGGACCGGUACAGAGCUAGCCUUGUUGAUGCAAUAAAGAGAUUACUCCAACCCAGUGGGAAAGCAAUGGUAUUUGCUCCACUCAGAGGGAAUACUUUAAACCAGUUUUGCAAUCUAGCUGAAAAAGCUGGUUUCUCUGUCCAAAGACAUGAAAAUUAUGAUGAACAUAUUUCGAACUUCCACUCCAAGUUGAAAAAAGAAGAAAAAGAUACAUAUGAAGAAAACAUCCAUUACCCCUUUCUUCUUGUUUUAACCAAACAUGAAUAGAAGAUGAAAUAUUUUUUUUAAAGGACAAAUUAAAACUAAUGAUAUGUGUGUGUGAUUUAUUUUUUCUGAGUGGCUAUCAUAAAAUAUGAUAAGGAAAAUGUGUUUCAUUUAUUGCAGUGAGGAAACCUUGUGAGACAUUCUGUAUGCCAUUUUAAGAACUUACUUUUCUCAAUUAUAUUUCCACCUUAAAAAAAAUGUAUAUAUUUACAAAGCUCUACAGCUAGUUUUCCUUCUCUCUCAUGCCUUUCAGCUUGCAUGUUUGUUAAUCUCUCUAAACAUGAUUUCUUUGUUUGUAUUUGAAAACACAUGCAUCAUAUGCUUUGUGGUUGCAUUUGACCCGUUGAAAGUACUAACGCUUUCUCAUUCACUUAGGAAGCAAAUAGUUUCCUCAAGAUCUUAAAAAAGUGCACACAUCACCUCAUAGAUUUUUCUUUUGCCUUUCUUGAAUUUUCCCUGUUGAUUUUUCUAUCCAUGCAAAAUUGAAAUGUUCUGACUUGUUUUGGUGAUUUCUUUUUUUCCUUUUUUUUUUUUUUUUUUUUGCAACAGGGUACUUUUUUCCACGGAAGAUAUAUAAGAAAUUAUGCAUCAGACAAAAGCCUCAUAAACUGACCAUUUGUCCUUUGGACACAAUAGCUUGCCCAGCCCUCUGCUCCUCCUCUCCAAUUAUGUGUGAUUAGUCUCAGUGUGUUGUGUCAAGAAGGGGGAGUGUGCUGAGUGCUUAUUAUCUGGUUAGGUACAAGAAGAGCACAUUUAGGCUCUGACUAUGAAUGAAAAGUGAGCCUUUAUCAGGACUAAAAUCUAACUGCUGCUGUUCUACAAACCUCUCUUUAAAAAUAGAUCUUGUCCUAAGACAUCCUGAACGCUAUGGCAACUAGGGAAUUUUCUUUUAAAUGCAAUCAAACAAUCAUCUUAUUCAAACUAGGUGUGUAUUGUGAUAUACUGUGGUUCAAAUGUUUUGUAAAUGUUUAAUAUAGCGCUGAGAAAGGACAGCUGUCCUACAAAGAAACAUGAUCAUAUUCUUCUUUUCUAAUGGUUUAAUAAAAUGUUCUAAUGAUUUCUUGAAAUAGCAAGCUGGAUCUUUAAGGAAUCCUGCACAAUCUCUUUAACCAAAACACUUUUAGAAUGGUAAAAAACCACAGUUAGAUACUUAGUAUUGUUAAAAUUGCAGUUUCCUAUUGAAAUACAUUAAAACAAUUACAUUUGGUCAAUUCUCUUCCUCUCACAUUUAACAAACUGAGCUGUAUGUAAACCACUAGCUUAUACAAGUUCUUUUCUCUUCAGUACUAUCCUCAAACAAAUUUUUUCACCACCAGUUUGCAUGUCCUUGUAUUCAACACUUUUUAUGCUCCAUUAGAGCACCUAGAUGGAUCUCAGAAGGCAUAGGUCAAGUCGCAGUUAGAUCAUACAUUUCUUUCUCACAAAAACUUGAAUUGCAAUGCCAAGUGAUGGGCUAACAUCACAAUAACAGCAAUUUAUUCCUCUUUUGAUAAAACAGCAGUCUAUUCUCCGUAUUAGAUAAAGACCAGGGGCAAUGCAAACCAGCCAUUUAUCCUAGUAGUUCAGUAGUAGAUCUCCUUUAUGGAUGUUGUGGGUUUCAUGUUCAAACUCUUGAUAGAAGAAUAUUUUCUGAUAAGAAAUAAGGAGCAUUUAGGAAUAGUUUAAGGCUGUUGUAAAGAUGCUUUUCAUCAGUUUUUGUUCUGUUUGGACAUACAGUAAAGGACAUGUUGUCCCUAAGGAAUGGAUACAAGGAAAUCGUUGUAACCAACAAAGAAAAGCUAAAGACAUAGUGAAAUAUGAAAAUAUGUAGAUCCUGUCUGCCUUUGUAAGAAGGGCUUGAGAAUAUUCUCUACAAUAUAAUCUAAUAAAGACAUAUAGUUGCCAGAAAUAAAA